AUGUGGCAAUUCACUUCUUCCAUACCCGUGGUUCAUAAACACAACGAUCAUGCUCACGCAAAACCAGCUAUAACGAACGCAUAUGGAGCAACUGGAAGUGGUGACGAUAAGGGAAAGGAGAGCGAAUUCGAGGAUGCAGAGACCAACAGCUCUAUUUUCCACUGUGCUGUAGCCGGAGGUCUUGGUGGGGCCAUUGGUGACACAGCAAUGCAUUCUUUAGAUACCGUUAAGACGAGGCAACAGGGAGCACCUAGUGCUGGGAAGUACAAAAAUAUGUUGACAGCCUAUAGGACGAUCUUUGCACAAGAAGGUGUAAGAAGAGGUUUGUAUGGGGGUUAUGGAGCGGCUAUGCUUGGUUCUUUUCCCAGUGCAGCCAUAUUUUUCAGCACUUAUGAGUACUCUAAGAGGAAGAUGAUAGACGAUUGGCAGGUAAAUGAAACCGCUACACAUUUGACCGCUGGAUUCCUCGGUGAUCUAGUGUCCAGUAUUGUGUACGUUCCUUCCGAAGUGUUGAAGACGAGGUUACAAUUGCAAGGUAGAUACAACAACCCAUUUUUCGACUCUGGCUACAAUUACAAAAACUUACGAGAUACGAUUUCCACGAUAGUGAAGACAGAAGGAGUUGGAGCGUUGCUUUUCGGUUACAAAGCUACGCUAGCGAGAGAUUUACCAUUUAGUGCUUUGCAGUUUGCAUUUUACGAGAAAUUUAGACAGUGGGCAUUCGCCAUCGAGGGAAAGGACAUUGGUGCGGAUGAUUUAUCAGUAGCUGGUGAGAUAUACACUGGUGCAUCUGCUGGUGGGUUAGCGGGUAUAAUAACAACGCCUUUAGAUGUUAUCAAGACUCGUGUUCAAACCCAGCAGCCGUCGUCAGCUGAUGUAUCCUCUGCAAAGCCACUUAAACUUUCGGGAUCACUUUUCGGCAGUUUGAGAACAGUCUACACAUCCGAAGGAUUCUUUGGUUUCUUCAGCGGCGUCGGACCAAGGUUCGUAUGGACUAGUAUACAAAGCAGCAUCAUGCUGCUUCUGUACCAGAUGACACUGCGAAGUUUGAACAACUCGUUCUCCAAGGUGGAAAAACUGAAAUGA